GUACGUGAACCAGUUCUGGAGUUUGAACAAACAUUGCACCAUCACAGCAGAGAGCGUCUGUUUGUAUGCGCCCAGUGAGUGGACGAUGUUUCUCAUGAUUGUCCAAUUCGGAGAAGGAGAUCAGCACGAUGGAGAAGCCAUGGAAAUGUGAGGAUUGUGGUAAAGGAUUCAACUACCCAUCCCUACUGGAAAACCAUCGACGCAGUCACACUGGUGAGAAACCAUACACCUGCUCGGUCUGCGAGAAAGCAUUUAGUCAGUUAUCCUGCCUCCAGUCUCACCAACAAACUCACACCGAGGAGAGGCCGUUCAAGUGCUCUUCCUGCGGAAAGCGGUUCAGGUCUUCAUCCAACCUCACUGCACACCAGCGAGUUCACACAGGGGAGAGACCGUUCACCUGCUCCGAGUGUGGGAAAGGAUUCACUCGGUCCUCCCAUUUGCUCGAACACCAACAAACACACACAGAGGAGAGGCCUUUCAGCUGUGCAAGUUGUGGGAAAAUGUUCAGGUCUUCACCCAACCUUAUAGCUCAUCAACGGGUUCAUACUGGGGAGAGAUGCUUCAUUUGCUCUGUGUGUGGGAAGGGAUACACUCAUCCAUCCAACCUUCUGAUACACCAGCGAAUUCACACAGGGGAGAGGCCGUUCAUGUGCUCUGUGUGUGGAAGGAGUUUCACAAAGUCUUUUAACCUGGUAAUACACCAGCGAACUCACACUGGGGAGAAACCAUUUGUCUGCUGUGUGUGUGGGAAGGGUUUCAGUCAGCCAUCAAACCUGCUGACACAUCAGCGUGUUCACAAAUGAUAGCUGGGGUUAGAUCCUGCUGUUGAUCACGCUAACACCUCCCAGAAGAGUCUGGAGUUUAGUAUUCUGUAAAUGUCACUGAUUUUUGUGGCUGCAGUUUGAAAAGUUAAAACGCCAGGUUCUGGCCCAACAGGUUUAUUUGGAAGCACUAGCUUUCGGAGCGCUGCUCCUU